AUGGCUGUCAGAAUUGGCGCCGGGCUUGCCCGGUUUAUUCCAAUGAUCGGUUAUCAUCAUGUGCUCAUGAUUAUCAUUGCUGUGGCGAUCAUUCUUCUCUCCUUACUACUGGCCGGAUGUUCAUCAUCAUCACCACAAAUACCGGAUAUCUUUCUGAUAUCUUUAUACUAUGAGCGUUAUAGUCCAGUCUUCGACAAGGCGCAGGUGGACCCUGGCGUGGUGACAGCGACGGCAAAUAUUGUUGGUGGUGCCGAAAUGGAGGUCCGCGUGGGAUAUUUUGGUAUCUGCGUUCAACCAGAAGGCGGAGCCUACAUCUGCAACUCAAACGCCACGGCAUUGGCUGAGAUUGUAACCGUCGACCAAGAUCCAUUGAAUCUAAUCUGGGUGGCAUCGACAUUCAAGGACGCAGUCGUGUUCCCUUAUUUGCUUAUCGUUGCGGUCAUCUUGGCCUUUCUCUGCUUUAUCCUCCUGGCCACAUUUCCCGGCUGGCACGAAGAGAUCGAUUCCACCGGCUCAGAACGAGAGGUCAAACCAUUUCCCUCGCGCCCCGUGUCCCAAACUGCCUUGGCGCUUAUCUUCGUCGCAUCCGUCUUUGUGCUUGUGUCGGUCCUAUGGCAGCAUACAGCAUCAGUUGCUGCAACGACAAUAGCGCAGGACAUGGGCAACGGGAGCGUCAAGUCAGGAGUUGGAACGUCCGCAAUGGUGCUUGGCUGGUUCGGCUUCGUCCUCUUAGUGGUCGUAACGAUAGGUCUCUUGGUGAUGAUCCUGAGCAUCAAACUGCUAAAGCAGUUGACGGAUGAAGAAUAA